UCACAUGUUGCUGUGUUGUUGUGAGCGCCGUGCAGGGGGAAUGAGGAGAGAGCAGCUGCUCCGAGCUGCUCCACACUUCAGCUGGACGGCAAGAUGAUAAGACUGGCGAUUAGCUACAGAUCACUGAGCAAAACGCAGACGCGGUAUAGAAACACUCCAAGUCCUGUCGAGGUCUCGCUGUCCAUCCAGAACUCCUAGCCUGCGUCCGUUAACUUAGCGCUGAAUUGAUUCUGCUUCAGUGUCGAGACUCAUCUCGUUUGCACCAGUUUGUCUAUCUGGCCAAGUAGGCGGCUGUGGUAGCUGCUGUUGGCUUUGUGGGAGCGCGAUUUAACCAUGAAUGUACUUUUCUGGAACCAGCUCCAAGCUGGAAGCUCGGAGGUGGACUGGUGUGAGGGGAACUAUCUGAUCUAUCCAGGAAUAGCGGAGUUUUAUAACACGAUAAGCAACAUUCUGUUUUUCAUUCUGCCUCCUAUUCUGAUGUGUCUUUUUCGCCAGUAUGCAACUCAUUUCAACAGUGGGAUUUAUCUGAUAUGGACACUGCUGGUUGUGGUCGGGAUUGGCUCCACUUACUUCCAUGCUACACUGAGUUUCCUGGGACAGAUGCUGGAUGAAUUAGCAAUACUGUGGGUGCUUAUGUGUGCCAUUGGCAUGUGGUUCCCCAAGAGAUACCUUCCUAGGAUAUUCCGUAGAGACAGGUCAAGGUUUAAAUUGGUCGUAGGCAUUCUCUCAGGAAUCACUACUGGCCUGGCCUUCAUAAAGCCGGCCAUUAACUCAAUCUCAUUAAUGACCCUGGGAAUCCCAUGCACAGCUCUUCUCAUCACAGAGCUUAAGAGAUGUGAGAACGUGCGUGUGUUUAAGCUGGGUCUGCUGGCUGGCCUCUGGUGGACCCUUGCGCUCAUGUGCUGGAUCAGUGACCGUAUCUUCUGCGAGAUGUGGUCGUCUGUCAACUUCCCUUACCUGCACUGCGCCUGGCACAUUUUGAUCUGCUUGGCCUCCUACCUUGGCUGUGUGUGCUUCGCUUACUUUGAUGCGGCAUCUGAGGCUCCAGAGCAGGGUCCGGUGAUCAAAUUUUGGCCCAGCGAGAAGUGGGCCUUCAUCGGUGUGCCCUAUGUAACUCUGCUGUGCGUCCACCGGAAGCCCUCCAUCAAGGUCACGUGACUGGCUGGUGCUGUCUAACUUACUGCCUUCUCAAUGCACUUUUUUUCUGAGACUGCGGAUAAAAAUGUUUUUUUGUCAGUAUUAAUAAUAAUUUACAAUCUGCACCUCAUUGUGUUUUAUUGUGAAAUGAUGCGGCAGCAAAAUCAUUUGUGUAUAACAGCACAGGACAAGCACACAGCUAACCUCAGAUGCUCCUGUUGGACUGUGGGAUUAAUAGGUCUGGUCUCCUGCACCUAAUUAAACCUAUAUUGUUAUGUGUGGACACUGGAUUUCAAAACCUACAGUAGUGUGCAAAAGUCUUAGGCAGCCAGCAACAUUGAUUAAUACUGUUAUCUUGGCAGUAAAUCUGUUUAUCUUUGCCAGUAAAAACACUGUAUAACUUUAGAUUAAAUACAAAAACUUAAAUAUAAUAAAAUAUAAUGAGAUUUUUUUUUCACAAGGCUUAUAGUUAUUGACUUUUUGGUUGGAAGGACGUAGAAGAACACAGUUCACUCUCUGUGCACUCCAGCCAUUGUACGAAUUUGUUCAAUUCCAUGAGCAGCACACCUGGUUUAAUUUUAACAUGUAAAUGCAAACAGCCCAGAAUGAAUCCAAGUCGUUUAUCAAGUGCCUAAGACUUUUGCACAGUACUGAACACUAUCUUAUCUCAAAGUACGUUCUAAAAGCACAGAGGAUUAAAUAAUUGUUUGUUCGCACAAAAGCUCUUUUACUCUUGCUUCUCUGAGUGUUGAUGGUGAGGUGUGUAUAUCAUUUCACUUUUACAGUGAAUCUUUAGCAGAUAUGCAAAGAUGUUUAACAAAAUGAUUGAAUGAGCACCUUUUAUAGCAAUUGGUUGUUGGUGUGUUUUACCAAAUAGCCAUGUAUCAUGUGCUAAAAAUAAUCCAGAGGAUUGAAGUACAAUUGUAUGCAAGAAUUUGGACAUCCCCAGUCAAAUGUUUUGUUGAUUUUUUUUUUUUUUUUUUUUUUUUUCUCCUCCAGUGAAAAAGAAAUUGGCACAUGCUCUACAGAACACAUACAUAUGACAUUUCCUGCUAAUUUUAGGGAACAAAUUUUACAAAUUAGCAAAAAAUGUGUCAUAACUUUUGGACAGGGAACAUUUUGGGUAUUUUCCCCCCUAAUAUGUUAAAUUCAUAUAUUACAUAUAGCGAAUAAACAGUAAUUAUUUUGCAUAAUAUCAUCGUUGAGGUGUAAACAGUCAAUUCAGAGUGGCCUGAUGUGAAACUAUUUGUUGUAGAGAAACGUACCACCUCAGGUGUCUUUACAAUGGUGGUGAUAGGAUCCAGGGGUCCAGCUUUCAGAAGCAUUAACUAUUUACAAAAAAAAAAAAAAAAACAUUAACUCUUCAGACAUCUGGUUCCUGUCACCACCAGCAUUCUGACUUUCUCUAGAAU